AUGCGAUUCAUCGACGAGUACAUCAGCAAUAACCAGGGCUUUCAACUGGACAUUGUCGGUUUCCUCGCCAUCCUUGGAGAAGGUUCCGUCGAGACAAUCGCCCAAGUUGCCACCCUGAGCUACCUCAUCUACCUUCCCCGCCUCCUUCCUGCGCCUCAGAUCUUCAUCAGACCCUCUCGGCCGGAAAAGUUGGAGACCACGGCGGGUGCCAAAGUCAUUGGAGUCCAUUCAGGUAACACCGGGGAGGACAUCCACCAUGUGGCCCAUGCCUUGCACCGGGGGGACAAGCUGCGUCCAAAUACCGUCAGUUGCGUUCGGGUCAGGGAAAACAAUAAGCCUCGUCCCUCGAUCAAGAGGUUUGGUCCGUUGGCUUGGUUGGCGUUUCUGGGGACGGCCAUGAGCGCUGCCUUGCUUGGGCUUUCGAUAUAUUGGGAGGAUGGGAUGUCGUUGCUCGCGACCGUGCUGCUGUCCACUCUGAGCACCGUCACCGGAAUUGCCAACAAGUGGUCACCCACGCCCAACGACCCCAAACCCGACCCUCACUCUCCGCCCGGCGACGUGGUCAUCAAGUACCCGCAAGGUGCGUUUAUCGUGGUGAGCUGCGAGGAACGCACGGCGCGGUAUCUCUACUUCAACCCCAGCGAGCGUUGCAUCUACUCGGUGAAAAGCACGGCCAUCUACCGAGGCCUCUCACUGAUCUCGACCCUGUUGCUCAUGGGCGGGGUGAUAUCGCUGGCCAACGCCAAGAUCCAGACCCAGACGGCCUUUGCGGGCUCCUACAUGCUCAUCAACAUCUUCUACUGGAUCGGCGCCGCCCUGCCCCCGGCCCAGCAUUGGGACCUCUCCAGACUCGAGGUCGAACACAUCGAGGUGCACGGGGGCACGCCGCCCCGCAGCGCCAAAGUCGACAACUACUCCCCCACCUACACCGAGGCGCUGUGGAAGGCCAUCGCCGUGACGGGCACGAGCAACUGGGUCAAGGAGGCCGGCUGGGCGCCCAAGACCCCCGCGUGGAGCGACUGGCUCAACGAGGCCGAGGAAGCUGCCGUGGGCGAACCCCUGAAGUCGAGCAGGCAGAUUGUGGACGGCAAGGAGGUCGAGGUCUGGACAAUCCGCAACUGGGACAGUCGGAACGCGCUGUCGACCCUGCUGCGCACCACGACCGAUAGGCUCCAGGCCCAGCCAAAAAGGGGAUGA